AUGGUGUCACAAGAUUCCCGCCCGAGCCAUCAAUCUGAUUUGUGCGGCGGGUAUCUUUACGUCGGCCAUGCGAAGCCCGCAAUCCUCAACGACCAUUUUGCACAUGAUGCUUUUGAUGGAAAGCUUAUCGUCCGGUUCGACGACACAAACCCCGCCAAGGAAAAGCAAGGGUUUGAUGAAGCAAUUCUUCAUGAUCUGGAUCUGCUCGGAAUCAAGCCGGAUCAAACCACCUACACCAGUGACUAUUUCUCCCGACUCUACGGCAUCGCGGAGAAGAUGAUCCGUGAUGGCCACGCUUACGCCGACGAUAACGAACCGGAGGCCAUAAUAGCGGAGAGAAGGCAAGGCCUUCCCAGCAAGAGGCGAGACCGGCCUUGCGAGGAGAGCCUUGCCAUGUUCAACGAAAUGUACACGGGGACGCCACUUGGAGGAAAGCACUGCAUCCGAGCUCGGAUCAAGUUUGACUCAAUCAACCUAACUCUGAGAGAACCCAUUAUAAACCGGUUUCAUGGUCAAAAGAACAUGCAGAGCAAUCUUCUGGAAAGUUCCAUAAUACCUCACGAACGGACGGGCUUGACCUGGAGGAUCUAUCCGACGUACGAUUUUGCCUGCCCGGUAGUUGACUCGAUCGAAGGAGUCACACAUGCCCUCCGGGCGUCAGACUAUGCCGAGCGGAACGAGCAGUAUGCCUGGUUCCUGAACACCCUGGGCCUCCGUCAAGUUCAUCUUUGGAGCUUCGCCCGCACCAGCUUCACUUGA